UUUAUAAAGCACUCCGGGCCCGCGCGAGUGCGGGAGGAGGUGGCCGCACCGGCCGGGAGCGGGGCUCGAACCUGCGGGGUUCGGAUGCGCGCGGCGGCUCCAGCGGCGCCACGGCCGCCCGCGGGCCAUGGAGCUGCCCAUGGAUGUGACCAUGGAUGUGCCCGUGGAACUGCCCUCGGGGCUGCCCACGGCCACUGCCACCUCCUGGGGCAACGGCACCGCCUGGGCCCCCCUGCCCGGACACGGGGUCAACGACACGGGCCUGCAGCGGGCCAAGAACGCUACAUCCAUCCUCAUCGCCAUCGUCAUCACUGCGCUCUACUCCGUGGUGUGCGUGGUGGGGCUGCUGGGCAACGUCCUGGUCAUGUACGGCAUCGUCAGGUACACCAAGAUGAAGACAGCCACCAACAUCUACAUCUUCAACCUGGCACUGGCUGAUGCACUGGCCACCAGCACACUGCCCUUCCAGAGCACCAAGUACCUCAUGGAGACCUGGCCCUUUGGGGAGCUGCUCUGCAAGGUCGUGCUCUCUAUUGACUACUACAACAUGUUCACCAGCAUCUUCACCCUCACCAUGAUGAGUGUGGACCGCUACAUCGCCGUGUGCCACCCGGUCAAGGCCUUGGACUUCCGCACGCCGGCCAAAGCCAAGAUCAUCAAUGUCUGCAUCUGGGUGCUCUCCUCCCUCAUCGGGGUGCCCAUCAUGGUCAUGGCAGUCACCAAGUCAAAAGAUGGUAUGGUCCUGUGCACUCUCCAGUUUCCUGACCCUCCCAUCUACUGGGACACUGUGACCAAGAUAUGUGUCUUCAUCUUUGCCUUCUUGAUCCCCAUUUUGGUCAUCACCAUCUGCUAUGGGCUGAUGAUCCUUCGCCUGAAGAGCGUCCGGCUCCUCUCAGGCUCCAAGGAGAAGGAUCGCAACCUGCGGCGCAUCACACGCAUGGUGCUGGUGGUGGUGGCAGCCUUCAUCAUCUGCUGGACACCCAUCCACAUCUUCGUCAUCGUCUGGACGCUGGUGGACAUAGACAAGAAGAACCCCUAUGUGGUGGCCAGCCUGCACUUCUGCAUAGCUCUGGGCUACACCAACAGCAGCCUCAACCCUGUCCUUUAUGCUUUCCUGGAUGAAAACUUCAAGAGGUGUUUCCGAGAGUUCUGCCUGCCUUUCCGAGCUCGUGUGGAGCAGAACAGCUUCUCCCGCGCCAGGAACACCACGCGGGAGCACGUCUCCACCUGCACCGCUUCUGAAGCCCGCAAUAAGCCGGCAUGACUAGACGUGGGCAGCCCCCAGCGGGGCUGCCAGGGACACAGAGGAGAUGAGCUGCGCUCAGAAGUCACCCAGGUCACCACCACAGAGUUGUAGCAGAAUGGUGGGCUGGGUGCUGCUCACUAACACUGCUGGGUUUGCAUACAGACUAAUUGCAAAAACAUUUUACAUUCUGAUAAAGAAAAAUGGGAGAAUUGGGACUCACCAAAUGAUGUAGGGCUCUCCUACAGAGAGAACAAGAAGCAAGUUGGGCAAAUAUGCUCCACUGAUGCCAUCUCCUCAACCAACAACACCACCCAGCAGAGGCUGUCACCCUCCAACAUGUGGCUCUUGGCAGAGCCCAGAGCACCAGUACUGCAAUUUCCACAUGCUUAUCCUCCUGCACAGGCCAGGAUGACACCACAGCCCAUAGCAAGAGGGGAAACACUCACAUGGCAGAAAGGAACUGUGCCAGGAGGUGAUCAUAGCAUCACAGAAUCAUUCAGGUUGGAAAAGUCCUCCAAGAUCAUCAAGUUCAACUGUUCUUCUACCACUACAAAGGCCACCACUAGCCUAUGUCCCAAGUGCCACAUCCACGCAGUGAUGGUUAAAUCUCUUUGGUGAUCGUUAACUCCACCAUUGCCCUGGGCAGCUGUGCCAGGGCUAGACAACCCUUUCAAGAAAGAAACAUUCCCUAAUAUCCAGCCUAAUCCUCCCCUGGAAUGACUUGAGGCCAUUUUCUCUGCCACAUCACGGGACCUCAUUCCAUCCCACUCUGAGCUAUGUCCAAAGGACAACUGGAGAUGGGAAGAAAAACUUAUGCCACUUCAGAGACAGUUUUCAAAAAGCUCCAGAUCCAUUGUAAAAAUUCUCCUGGAGUUCCUCAAACUGGGAUUAUUCCCAGUGAAAGCUUUCUACUGUUCAUGUCAUUGUUAGGUUAGUGUUAUUUAGAGACCUCUGACUGCAGCUAAGGCGGCCCUGGACAUGGAUGUGAUGCUGGGCUGGAAAACUGUGGGCAAAUCCUAGUGCAAGCGAGCAGCACCGGGAGAGCCUGCCCUGACUGGGCCGUGCUUUAGCCAGCGGGCUCGGAGGGAACUCUUUGUGUACUUUUAUAAAUAUAUAUGUAUGUCUGUCUAUAGCUGUAUGAAACUAAAGAGACCCCAAGGCCUCCCAUCACACCUCCCACUACAGAAGCUGCUACGUGUGUGGUGGAGCUAAAUAUGCCGGAUCCCUAGCAUCUCACAAAGUACUUCAGACACUAUCUCCAGCUCCAACCCUUGGGAUAUUUGCCUUACUGUGGCAUUUCUGUACAGGCACCCUGCUUUCUAAAAGUUCAAGAAAAAUAAAAUCAAAGAUAGGAAGCAA